AUCUUUACUAUCCAAAAACUGUGGGUCUCUACUGUCUACAUCUAUUAUUGGAUUCAGGAUUUACUAUCCAUCUAUUUAUAAUGAAUUAGGAUCAGUUUUUUUAAUCAUUCACUUCUAAGUUUCUGUGAGAGAUGGAGUUGGUCUUCCUUGUUGUUUUCUCUCUUCUUGCCAUAGCAUCUUCUCUUGAGGAAGAUACCAGUCACAAGACAUGCUUCAAGGAAUUUCAAGGGCAUCAGGUUCACAAUCUCAGCAACUCUGGUCUACACCUACCCUUACACCAUGUUCAUGGUCCUUGCUCUCAUCUGGCAUCACCCUCACCAUUGUCAUUCUCCGAUAUCCUCGAUCGCGACGAAACACGAAUCGAAGCCCUCAAUUCUAGGUUAACCAAAAACCACAAAACCAAAUCUUCCAAAUCAAAAUUAUCAGGUAAGUUGAACCCAAAUUCAGUUAGCAUUCCAUUGAGACCUGGAAUGCCCAUUGGAACAGGAAACUACUAUUCCUUUAUUGGUCUUGGCACCCCUAGCAAAUACUAUGCCAUGGUCAUUGACACUGGUAGUUCCUUCACCUGGCUCCAAUGUCAGCCUUGCUCUGUCUAUUGUCAUCGCCAAGUAGGCACCACCUUUGAUCCAAAGACAUCAAAGACACAUCACUACUUGUCUUGUGCCACUACAGAAUGCGACAGCCUUGAAGUGGCCACUCUCAAUGCACCCUCAUGCAGUGCUUCCAAUUUGUGUAUAUAUGCAGCAAGCUAUGGUGACAGUUCGUUUUCAGUCGGGUACCUAAGUAGUGAUAAAUUGACCUUAGCUCCAUCACAAACUGUACCCGGAUUUGUAUACGGGUGUGGAGAGGACAAUGAAGGCUUAUUUGGACAAUCCGCGGGGCUCGUGGGUCUUGCCCGGAACAAGCUCUCUAUGCUUGGUCAAUUAUCCACCAAAUACGGAUACGCAUUCUCAUACUGCUUACCCACAUCCGGAUCCGUCGGGUCAUUAUCCAUUGGAUCAUUUAAUCCAUCUAUGUAUACGUUCACCCCAAUGCUUACCAACUCACACGAUCCGACAUUAUACUUCUUGCGGUUAGUGGGUAUAACCGUAUCGGGUCAACUUCUACAGGUACCCGGAUCUGCAUACAAGACUGCUACCAUAAUUGACUCCGGAACCGUAAUCUCACGUUUGCCUGUGACCGUAUAUACGGCUCUAAAAGGCUCAAUUGUAAAGGCAUUGUCAAAGUAUACGCGGGCCCCAGCAUAUUCUUUACUGGAUACUUGUUACAAGGGAACUGUUGCUUCUCUAGGGAAUGCUAUUCCUGAGGUCCGAUUGAUCUAUCUUAGAGGGGCUGAAAUGAAGCUAAGUGCUCAAAAUGUAAUGUUAGAUGUGGAUAAUGGGGUGAGCUGUUUAGCCUUUGCGGGUAGCUCUGGUGCAAGUGGGAUUGCAAUUAUUGGGAACCGUCAGCAAGAAACGUUUAAUGUUGCUUAUGAUGUUACUAAUUCAAGAAUUGGAUUUGCAGCUGGUGGGUGUAGAUGAUUAGUUCAAAUUAAUGUUUAAUUAUCACUGGCCAUAAUAAAUUUCUCGAGUAUGGGAGCUUGAAUUAAUGUGCCAUUAAGCAAGUUUUAUUUAUUUAAUUUUCCUUUAUUUGUAUUUUUAAAGUAAUGGUAAGGAUUAUAUAUAUAUAUAUAUAUAUAUAUAUAUUUGUUAUUGAUGUUCAAUUUUAAUAAAAUUAAGUGAAAAACAAGCUUUUCUUUUGGUCUUA